UUGUGAUCUGUGUAAUGGCGGCGGCCGUCGCUUCACUGCAGUGGAAAAAACAACGCCGAAAAGCACAGUUUAAAGACAUUUUGUACAAUUAUUACGGUAUAACUCAGGUUAAAGUAAGACACGAUUCCAUAAAAUGGUUAAAGACUCGUCUGAUUUGUGUUAUUUCUCCCUCCGUGUCUGUCGAUGGCUUUGAGAUGUCACCAGGACAGAUGUGUGAGCACGCAAUUAUCAAGGACAAUCUGUCCGAUUACCCAUCACUGAAGAACCUUAUGCCGGAGGAGUAUGUGUAUCACAUAUGCAGCUGCGAGUGUCAGGAGGGGGACAACUUUAAGGCUCACCUCAAACUGAAAUUGUGUAGCCAGGAUGAGGUGCAGAAGUGGCAGGAGGAUUUCCAGGCGUCAUCUGGUUUGAUCUGGCGGAAGGCAAAGACCUACCCAGACGUUGGUCAAGGCUCAAACAAGUACAGGGUUGGUGCAGCCCCAGACUUCAAAGACCCAGUUGACUUGAGGUGCCAGCACAACACCCGCAGCAGCAGCAAGACCAAAAGAAAUACCUGUUGCCCUGCCUUCAUGAAACUAAUCCUGAAAAGACAGACGUACAGUCAAGGACGGAAGUCAAGGUCUGAAAAUGCUCAUAUUAAAGAGGACUACUACUUCACUGUUGAUCUAAACAACAUCCACAACCACCCAAUCACCUGUGCUGCUGCCUUGGCAAAGAGGGACGUAUCCAAACACAGGGUUGGAAAACGUAAAAAACUGUUUGAGAGUGGCCACUCCCCUGCAUCCGACCUUGAUACGCUUGAGUACGAUCUCGACCUCAAGGAACAGGAAGGUUCCAGCUACUGGCGGGUGGCUGCCGAUUGCUCAGAAGCAGCUGGAUGCACUGGAGCUACUGCUGGCCUGAAUGAGCCAACUCAUCUGCCCAAAGAGGAAGCAGCCGGAUGUAUUGAACAGAAUGAAUUAGAGAAUGAGCUGGCCUACAUUUUCAAGGACCUGACACUGAAGCUGAGGGGUGACCCCAGUUUUCGAGCCCCUAUCGCUAGCUUUGUGAGGUCAUAUAAGGCCAUCGCAACUGACAGUGGACUCCAGUCAGCUCUUUUCAAUUUCACAAAGAGUGAAGUCAAAGUGGAGUUCUAGAGGCUGAAGGGACUCCUCCAAUCCACAACCCAAAUCCCAAUCCAGCCACUGGCCGCCGGGAGGAGGAAAGUAUGUCUGGGAGGAAGGAGCUCCUCCCCCACAAAAAGACGUUCUGCUAAACGGGAUGACCCCUACUAUAGAACUGGAAGGAAAACCGUUGCUCCUCAUAACUUGUCACACUGUGUGGAGACAAACUGUGCCUUCGGGGGAACGUACUGACUAUAUCAUGACCACUUGUGCCUGUCUGAACCUGAACCCCAGUGUGUACCUGUUCCUCAGCCCGAUCCCUACCCGAACCGUUGUGAGACUCCCCUUUCCCCCCCUCAGCUUUAUGUAAAGUGUUGAACGUAACGCAAUUGUGGUCCUGAGUGAUUAUAGUAGGCCCAUUUAUUUUCUUUUACAACUACAUUUAUAGGUCAAUUGAACAUUGUUGUGCCCUCAUUUAAUAAAUAAUGUAAAGCUACAUUAUCACAGAGUUAAGAAGAAGAGAUCUGCAACUUCCGUUGGUACCAGAGAGUUGUGGUGGGACCAGAAGCUGCUUG